GUCGCCCCGCCCCCAACCAGCAGCCGGCGUCGGAGGGAAUCGGUGGAAACUGCCCCGAGGCGAUGCAACCACCUCACUCGAGCGCCGAUCGCGCCAGCAACUAGAAAUCAUUCUCGCCCGGCACACACCGGUCUCUCUUUCUCUCUCUCUCUCUCUCCCUCUCUCUCUCUUUCUCUCUCUUCUCCCGUUCGCGUCUCCGUCGCUUUGUCAAACGAUGUCAACCGCGGCCCAGCGACGCCGUGCCGAGCGGAAGUGAGCCAUCGCACCGACCGGAGAGAGAGCUGCGUCGUCGUCAGCAUCGUCGACGUCGUCGUCGUCGUCGUCGUGAUCGUCGUGAUAGAGCAUCGUCCGUGAUCCAGUGAGAGUUUUGUGGAAAUCGUGUGUUCGCCGUAUCGUCGACGGAGGAUGAAGAUCCGACGGUCCGGGAGCUGAACAGGUCCCCGGAAGAAGAAUCGUGUGUCACCGCGCUCCUCGGAUCGACGGCGAUCUACGAAGCCGAAAGAGACAUCGUGGUCGUUCGAGAUUUUCCUCAAGGUUUAUAUCGGGGAGAAACCUCUGUGAAAAACCUCUCUGUGAAUCCGUUUAUCCGGCCGGAGCCCGACGCGGCCCGCGCAGCGCACAGCACGAUAGCCGGCUGCCAGGGAGCAAACAGAGCAAAAAGCUCGCGCGCGGUGCACAAAGGAGAGCGGAGAGAUUAGGAUUGCCGGUGGCUCGCGCGUGUGUUCCCGAGCCGCGAGGAAGAAGCUCGCCGGUCCGCGAGAUAGACCCGCCGUCUCGGCGACCUCGCGAGAAUCGGAGCCGCGCCGCGACGGGCCGCCGCGCGUGCCCGUCUCGCUCGCUCUUCUCUCGGGGCACGAUCCAGCGGGAAAUUAAUCGAACGCGCGAGGCCCGAUACAUACGGCCAGUGGGCACAGCGCCGCCGUCGCGUCUCGCCGCGCGCGCGAGAGAGAAUCGGAGACGAGAAGAACGAAACACGGGAAAAGUCGGUCCGUCGACGGGCCCCGCGGGCCGCGCGCGUUCCCCCCGCGAAACGGAAGUGACGUCGCGAUGAUAAAACGGUAAUUACGAUUAACCCGUUAGCCCGUUGUUCCACCGGACGAUGAGCAUUCCCAGUGCGAGAUAAACACGUUUUUUCUUCGCCGAGCAACACGAUUAUUCAUUCGCCGUCGAGGAUUUCACGAUCGUCGAAGCCAAACCCCGCGGAAAGAUGAACGACGUCAUGGGAGAAGCGUCCGGCUCGAUCUCGUCGAACAGCGCUGCUGCCACCGCCGCGGCCGUCGUUAACAGUAUAAACAACAACGGCGGCAACGCGAAGAACAAUGGGAAGGGUGUCGCUGCCGUGGUCACGGCGGUCGGCGCGAACAGCGGCGAGAAGAUCAGCGCGGCGGUCACCAAGGUUCUUAAGGGAUACGACUGGACCCAGAUACCGAUCGCUACCAAGAGUUCCGGCGACAAAAGGCAGGCCCACGUGAAGAGGCCCAUGAACGCGUUCAUGGUGUGGGCGCAGGCCGCGAGGCGGAUCCUGGCCGAACAGUACCCUCAGCUGCACAACGCGGAGCUGUCCAAGAGCCUCGGGAAAAUAUGGCGACAGCUCUCCGAAAGCGACAAGAAGCCGUUCAUCGAUGAGGCCGAUCUCCUCCGCGUGAUCCACAAACGCGAGCACCCGGACUACAAGUACCAGCCCCGCCGCCGGAAGCAGAACGGGCCGUCGGGAAGGGACGGGUCGCCCUCGAGGGGCCAGAGCAACGUCGCCUACAACGUGUCCAGGUCCCUGAAGCAGGAGGACAUGAGUCCCAGGGGAGUCCAAGGCCCGAAUUCUCCCCAGAACGGAGUCAGCUCAUCCCCGCCGACCACCCCGAACCAAGGACUGUCUCCGCCAACCCCUCCCACCACCCCUCGAGGCCAACAUUACAUCAAUCAGGGCAAUCAGCCGCAGCAGAACAACAUGUACCAUCAGGAUCUCGUGAUCAGCUCGACGAGCGAGUCCCCGCAUCAGCAGCAAUCCACGAACGUGGAUUAUCGGUACAUCGAGGUUGCCGAUAACGAGUUAAACGGGCUCGGCUCGUUAGGGGGUGUCGGGUUGAACCUACCCCUGAACCUUCAGGAGUGCGAGGUCGAGAGCAACGAGCUGGACCAGUACCUGCGGCCGCAGGUGCCUCCGGUGCAUCUACCCCCGCCGACUACCACCCCGUCGCCGUGGGCGUUCAAUAGAUACGAGGACGAGGUCGAGAGGCCGACCAAGCGGCACUGCUCGGAGCAGAGCAUCGCGGAGACGUCCUGGGAGGACAGAUCCCAGGAGAUCGUGAGGUACCACGAGCUGCAACCGCCCCUGCCCCCGAUGCAGUACAUCUGCUCGAGCCACAACGCGCAUUACUCGCACGCGGCCGGCCAGAUGAACCACCCGCACGUGUCGACGUCGUACGCGCAGUACCAACGCUACGUACCUGGCAUCGAGACCUGGCCGCACUACAUGUAGAAGAGGUGACGAAUGUUCGCGCGUGGCAAAACCGCGGGGACGCGUUGAGAAAUCCGCGGUCGGAGGAGGACUCUCUCUCGCUGCCGUUCGGAUGAUCGGGGACGGGAGCGAUUUGGUUAAUCACAAUUAAUCACCUAGAUUAGCGUCUUCUCUUUCGAGUCGUUCGGACGACGAUCGUUUUUCUCGACCACGUCGUCGACACAAUAGCCAAAUAUGCGAGACACAGUUUUUCUAACACGUUAGGGAGUUUUUACGUUUAAGAAACCGGAGAUCGGAGGAGCCUUGGCAAGGCGUCGUCGAUCCGAACGCGCGAGCGUGAACGCUUGGAGAGCCUCGGGUGCUCGGCUCGCUCUCUCGCGCGAGAUUAUACGACGUUCGUGUUUCUUUUCUUUUUUUUUUCUUUCAUUUUUAUCGUCCCCCGUUGGCCGGGGGCAUGAUCGAAAAGAGCGCGCGCGAGUCGAGGCCCCGAGGCACGGAGCCGGGAAGCUCGCGUGUAAACGGCACGCCGGAGGCACGAUCUUGCUCCAUGACAUCAUUCCAUGACAGCCGGCCAUUCCAAAGCGCAGAAUUUCAGGCUAAACAAACAGACCGCUCGAUACGGUGCCCUCGCGCCGCGAUCCAAAUAUAAUAAAUAUAUAACGCACGGACUAUAAACCGGCGUGGCGGCUCGCGGAGCGCCGCGCGCACCAAAGUGUAUGGCACGUUCUUCAAAUAAACCUGCGGAACGCGAUCGUGGACGGAUCGCGAAACGUGGAUCUACGGGCAGAGACCAAUGGGAUAUCGACCCUCGAGAAAGAGAGAUGAUUCGACGAACGCGAUGUACUACGAUCAGGAUUUAGGGGAUGGUAAACGGUAAACCUAACGAGCUGCUCGAAGUGGCAGGCUUUCAUGGAGCUUGUGAAGUUGCUGAAAGUAAAUUUUUCGUGAUUGACGAACGGAAUUUGGACACGAAAAUCGACGAUUUGCGAUGGGGAGAUGCGAUUGUUCGAGCCUUGCGGAUCGUUUUUAUGGUUAUCGAUUGUCAAGAAGUAUAAAAAAGGGGCUACAAGAUAGGAUAAUCGUCUCUUCUUCUUCACAAAUUGUUGAUUCUUAUGCGUAGAUUGAGGGAUAAUUGGAGCAAAUUUACUGUACAUGGUUGCAAAGAAAAAUCUGAUUAUUCGGUGGAUUAUUUUCUCGAAUUAUUUUUGUGAAUUAUUUUCGUGGAUUAUUUUCCUGGAUUAGCGAUUUAACGAACCAGAAUUUCAACACGGUUCAAGACUGUUCAACAAUUCAACACGGUUUAAGAUAGUUGAACAAUUCAAGAUUGUUCAACAUUUCUUUGCAAUCGUGUACAAUAAAUUCACGACAAUUGUCUCUCAAUUUGUACACGAAAGUCGACAAUUUUCAUAGUUGUUGACAAUCGGAGACUAUAAAAAGGAACCGCGAGACUCGAAUAAUCGUACCUUCUGUUCCUAAAUUGUCCACUUUUGUGUACCAGUUGAGGUACAAUUGGAGAGAAUUUACUGCAAAGAAAUGCAAAGAAAUCUCUAAUUAAUCGUUGGAUUACUUUCUCAGAUUAUUUUCGUGGAUUAUUCUCUUGGAUUACCGAUUUAACGAACUAGAAUUUCAGCAUGGUUAAAAACUGUUCAGCAAUUCAAGAUUGUUCAACAUUUCUUUGCAAAAUCGUUGGCUUAUUUUCUCAGAUCAUUUUCGUGGGUUCUUCUCUUGGAUUAGCGAUUUAACGAACUAGAAUUUCAAUACUGUUCAAAACUGUUCAACAGUUCAACAAUUCAAAAUUGUUCAACAUUUCUUUGCAAAAUCGUUGGCUUAUUUUCUCAGAUCAUUUUCGUGGGUUCUUCUCUUGGAUUAGCGAUUUAACGAACUAGAAUUUCAAUACUGUUCAAAACUGUUCAACAGUUCAACAAUUCAAAAUUGUUCAACAUUUCUUUGCAAAAUCGUUGGCUUAUUUUCUCAGAUCAUUUUCGUGGAUUAUUCUCUUGGAUUACCGAUUUAAUGAACUAGAAUUUCAACACGGUUCAAAACUGUUCAGCAAUUCAAGAUUAUUCAACUUUUCUUUGCAAAAUCGUUGGAUUAUUUUCUCAGAACAUUUUCAUGGAUUUUUCUCUUGGAUUAGCGAUUUAACAAACGAGAAUUUCAAUACUGUUCAAAACUGUUCAACAGUUCAACAAUUCAAGAUUGUUCAACAUUUCUUUGCAAAAUCGUUAGAUUAUUUUCUCAGAUCACUUUCAUGGAUUCUUCUCUCGGAUUACCAAAUUAACGAACGAGAAUUUCAACACAUUCCAAAACUCUUCAACAGUUCAACAAUUCAAGAUUGUUCAACAUUUCUUCGCAACCGUGUACAAUAAAUUCUCUCCAAUUCUCCCUCAACAUGUACACAAAAAUCGACCUGUAUGCAGCUUCUAUCAUAGAAAAUGAUCGAAUAAAUUUAUCAAUCCAAGCACACGUUACAACAAAACCGAUGAAAGGACUAAAUAAAUAUACGAUCUUGUCACCCUUACAAAGCAGGGGCCGCCAAACUUCUGAUCCGUGCGACCUGUUUCUUUUAAAUUAUAGUCGGCGGUCUAUCAACGUCGUACGUGUUAAGUGAUCGUAAGAAAAAUGGUAAUUCGAAGCCAAAAAUAAGAUUAAAUUUAAGAUAAACAUAGAUAAUAUCAGACAGGCGGCCGAUUAGAAGUAAUACGACCAGUGGUCUACGGUCGACGCUUUGGCCACUCCUGCCUUUCUAUGUGUGUGUUAUAAAGCAACACUCGUUAGCUACUUCUAGGACCGAUGGGUUUAUCGUUGAAUAACCGUCCGCAAAGAAUCGGUGUUCAAGUUGAAAUUCGAGGGACCAAAUAAUAUCUUCGGGAAUCUUUAACACUUUACACUCGAAUCAUUUUUCUCACUUAUAGCAUUUUCAU